AUGGACAGUUUACAGUACGCAUCAACGGGAGUGAUCACUUAUCGAUCCGUCAGCCUAAUGGUCAUCGGGCAGAGUUCACGAGUCCAGUUCAGUGCUGCAUUGCACACCAGUGGUCCGGUUUUACGCCAGAAGGUGCGGCGGGGACACGUGAGGAGCGGUGAAGCAGGAGGAAGAGGAGGAGGAGGAGGAGGAGGAGGAGGAGAGGAGGCACAGCCGCGUGCGUACACUCGCUAA